AUGGAUAGUGGGGUUGUCAAAGCAUGCAACGUUGAAAAAUCUAGGUCCAGGGUAUGUUCAAUAUGCCUAGCGAGUGAAGCUAAAUACACUUGUCCUCGUUGCUCUGUUCGUACAUGUUCCCUUCGUUGCUGCAAAGCUCAUAAGGAUGCUACAAUGUGUUCUGGCAAACGAGAUGUAGCCGCCUUCGUUGCUAGAAAGAACUACGAUUAUUUUGCGUUUCUGUCUGACUAUCGGUUCCUGGAGUCCCUUGACAGAGCCAAUGAGAAUCGUGAGAAGAAUAUAGCUGAGUUCUGUACCAUCAUUAAAAAGAGGAGGAAGACCCAAUUGAAGAUUUUGAACGCUGCACGGUCUCUUAAUAUCAAUUACCGUGUUUCUAAUGGUUUCCUUACCCGCGCCCGUUUGAACCGAACCCAUUUGACCUGUGACAAACCUCCAGUCAUUUUGUGGACUCUGGAGCUUUGUCUUCUUGGGCCUACCUCAGGUGCCUCUCAAAGUGACGAGAAACCGUGGUCUGACAGGAUACUUAGGCCGAUUCAUAUUCUUCUCCACGACUGCUCCUGCUCCUCUCUCCUUUCGGAUAUCUGGCGUUCAAAAGUUGCUGAGUUGCCGAGCUCUGAGCUAGAGGCGUUGAUUGUUCCACAGCUUGCUACAUUCCCCAAUGUUAUCAUGAACCCACACCUAACCAAUUGGAUAUUGACCUUAGACAAACGGUUUCCUUAUUUUUACAUUGAAUGUGUAGAUAGGCAGACCAAGCGCGUUCUAAAGCAUGAAAUUUUUCCUUCCUCGACCAGCCUUUUGGAACUACUAACAAGAGACAAGUAUGUUGUGAACGAGUUUCCGACCAUUUGGGUUUCGCACGAAGAACUAUUGUCAUAA